UGUGAUGUUGGCGCUCUCUCUCUCCAGGACACGGGACUCUAUUAUGACCGAUACCUCCGGGAAGUGGUGGAAGUUCUAGAAAAAGAUCAACAUUUCCGAGAGAAGAUUCAGGCUGCCGAUAUAGAGGACAUCAAGGUAAGGAGAGCCAUUCAGGACUGUGGUGGUGAAUGUAUCGGGGGGUGUGGUGACACCGCGCCUCUUCUGCCUCCUCCAGGUGCUGGCAUUGAUCGGAAGGCUCUAAUACGGCAGUUCAACCACCUGAACCACAUGAACCCCGACUCUUUUGAACCCCAAGACCUGGACAUGUUAAUCAGAGCGGCAACGAAAGACUUGGAGAACUUUGAUAAGGAGCGCCAUGAUGAGUUCAAGCGCUACGAGAUGAUGAAGGAACAUGAAAGAAGAGAAUACCUGAAAACCCUGAAUGAGGAGCAGAAGAAGGAGGAGGAGGCCAAAUACGAGGAGAUGAAGAAGAGGCACAAAGACCAUCCGAAGAUUAACCAUCCGGUGAGUAGAUUCCAAAGAUGGACCGGAACCGCUCUGCUUCUCCAGUAUAAACCAUCAUCAUCCACCCCUCUUCCAGAUACGAAUGGAGACGGAUUCAUAGACGAGCAGGAGUUGGAGGCUCUGUUCACGAAGGAGCUGGAGAAGGCGUACGACUCGAAGAAUGAGGAGGACGACAUGAUGGAGAUGGAGGAGGAGCGGCUGAGGAUGAGGGAACAUGUGAUGAACGAGGUAAAUGUUCUGCGCCGGCCUCCUAUACGCGCUUUGCCUUCAUUACACCGGGGACCCCCCUCCAAUCAGGAGUUUCAGCUGGAGAAGGCGUACGACUCGAAGAAUGAGGAGGACGACAUGAUGGAGAUGGAGGAGGAGCGGCUGAGGAUGAGGGAACAUGUGAUGAACGAG